AUGGACUUCUUGCAAUCCUACACCAUUGUGCUGGGCCUCCACGGACUUUAUGAUUGGUAUAUAAACGGCAGCCAGAUUAUCAAUGCCAAGUACUCCGUGAAGCACCCACAAUACAUCAGACCUAAGACUGGUAAUGACCUCAUGCUCAUCAAGUUGAACACACCAGUUGUGGAAUCGGCUACCGUCCAGACCAUCCCCAUCGCAUCCCAAUGUCCGACAGUUGGAACCAGGUGCCAGAUCGCUGGCUGGGGUCAGCUACUGAAGAGAUACUACCCUUUGGAUCUGCAGUGUGCGAUUAUUCCUGUGGCUGAGGAGCAGGAUUGCAGAUUUCUGCUUAAGUCAAAAGAUGACGACAAAGAAGAGAUACCUCCCAUAGAAACCUGCAAUCACUUCCCAGAUGGACCUCACCUGGUCAGCAAACGCAUCACUGAUGGCUUUACUUGCAUUCCACACUCCCAGCCCUGGAUGGCUGCAAUGUUUUACAAUUUUGACCACUACUGUUCUGGAGUUCUGGUGCAUCCACAGUGGGUGCUCUCAGCUGCGCACUGCUGGAGACCAUCCUACACCAUUGGGCUGGGCCUCCACGGACUUUAUGAUUGGUAUAAACCAGGCACCCAGAUUAUCCAGGCCAGUUUCUCUGUGAAACACCCACAAUUUGUUAAAAAUGCAUAUAGUAGUGACGUCAUGCUCAUCAAGUUGAACAACCCAGUUGUGCAAUCAGACACCAUCCAGACCAUCCCCGUCGCGUCCCAAUGUCCAACACCUGGAACGAGGUGUUGGGUCUCUGGCUGGGGUCUGCUAUUGAAUCGCUACUACCCUUUGGAUCUGCAGUGUGUGGUUAUUCCUGUGCUUUCGGAGAAGAAUUGCAGACUCAUGCUUAACAUGUUCUACCACGACACUAUGUUCUGUGCUGGUGGUGAGGGCCAGAAGAACAUUUGCAAUUCUGACUCUGGAGGCCCCCUGGUCUGCAACGAGGCCCUGCAGGGCCUUGUGUCCUGGGGAUUCCAUCCCUGUGGCAAACCUGAAGUUCCAGGCGCCUACACCAACCUCUGCAAAUUCAAAGAGUGGAUAGAUGAAAUCAUCCGGACCAGAUAA